UGUGUCAUUAGAAAGAUCAAUUAUUUUGUUAUAAUAAUGUAUGAUAUCACUUACUCGUCAAUGUGCAUUUUCACUCGUCAAAGCAUUGGAGUAAUUUCAAAAAUAUCAAGACGCGAUGGAGCAGAAUCAUUGGAAAGAAGAGCCUUGUCUUUGAUUCGGAUCUUAGUCGUUCGAACGAGGGUGUCAAGGAGUAAAAGAGAGAGCUUUUCGAGAGCCGAAUCGAAAGAACAAGAGCUUACUGCGUCUCGUCGAGCUGUUGACGAGUCACUGGAUAAGGAGGGAAGAGGAAGGGAGGCACCGAUAGCCCUAACACGAGCGCACGAGACCUCGGGGAAAUCCUAAUAUUUUAACCACUGGCGAGGAAUGAAAGGACCUGGGUGAGCAUGAAAAGGGAAAAAGGGGUGCGCGAAUCAUCUCUGCGUACCCUUAAACCCUACUGGAUGGGGUGGAACCUGCAAGGUGGGUAGAACUCUAUGUAUAUACCCGUUGUGGUACCCCGAGGGAAGUACUUGCAAUUAACGCGGUAAGACUCGGCUCUUGCAAGGGGUAGUACACCCUUCUUAAUGGUAACCAUCCCUUUUCGCUCCCUCCCAUGUUCUCCUUGUUUCUCUUUAAUUUUGAGUUCACUACUAGGUAAUGGCAUUUCGAAUAAAAAAUAAAUUUUUUUUUUCAACUUCUAGGAUCUAAGUUAAUGAUUUUAAAUUAAUUACUUAAAUGCAAUUGUUGUUUAUAAUAUUUAUGUAAAUAUAUAUUUUUAUAUAUGUGGAAAUAUAUAUGAAACAAUGUUUGGAUAGAGGAUUUUAGAAACACAUUUUUUAUUUUGCAUUCUUUGCAUAAUAC